CAGCGAACUACCAUCUCUAGGUCGCGGCUCGCAUUUUAAACAAUUUUGCCAAUUUUGGAAAGAAAGAAAAGCAAAUCGGAAGAAAACUAGACCCGCAAUGGCGGGACACGGUUCCUUAAGUCCCAAGAAGCUGAUGGGGCGCAUACAUUCCGUGUACUGUAAAGAUUUCGUCUCUUACAGCGAGAUCACCUUCUACCCGAAGCAUUACCUUAACGUGCUAACUGGUCCCAAUGGCACUGGCAAGUCCACUAUUGUCUCCGCCAUUAUUUUGGGCCUGGGCGGAGAACCGCAACUUCUGGAUCGUUCAUCCAGCGUUUCCGACUACAUUCAGAGCAACAAGAGUUCGGCCAAAAUAAUUAUCCGGGUUUACGGGCGGGUGGCCAAUAGCACGGAGACUUUCGGCCGCAUCAUCAACUCGAAUGGCUCCUCCGUUUUCUCCGUCAACAACAAGGACACCACCAAGAAGAAUUUUCUGUCUGCCGUAUCAGCCUAUAACAUACAAGUCAAUAAUUUGUGCCAGUUCCUCCCACAAGACCGAGUUCAGGACUUUUCCAAGAUGAAUCCGCAGGAACUACUGCUCAAUACAAUGUCGUCCGUGUGUGACAGUGAGCUGACCGACAACUUUAGUCUCCUGAAACAAAUGCGCGCAAAGCAGACUAUUGUACACACUGACCGCGAAAAGGAGAAGAACGAUCUUGCUAAAAAGCAAAAACGUUUAGAACAGUUGCAAGCUACUGUGGCCCAGUACAAGGAACGAGAGGAAGUUAAGCAAAAGCUGGAAGUAUUCAGCGCCAAGAAAUUGUGGAUUGAAGUGCAGGCUGGUGAAGAAAAGGCCGCGCAAAUAAAGACAAAUGUUAAAAAGGCUAAAACUCAUAGCGACAAAAUGAAGGAACAAUACAACUUACAGACGCAGGCUCAAGAACAAAUACAGAAGAAAAAGAUAGCGUUUAGAGAAGCUUGCUUGGAAAAGACUCGUUUACUGGACAAAGCUGUGUCUGAGAAAAAUGGCAUAAUAAGCCAGCUGGAUGGAUUAAAGCAAAAAAUUCGAGAAAACCAAUGUCUUCUGGAACAAAACAUACAAAAGUCAUUGAGGAACGCCACAGAAGCAGAGAGAGUCCAGCAGUUGGUGGACAAUAAAAAUGAGGAAUUGGAAGACUUUAAUAGAAAUAAAUCGCACAUUGUGUCAGAGCUGGAAAAGGUAAAGCAGUCGGUCUCCUCGGCUCGAGCCAAAGCAAUGGAUGAGUACAAUAAGCGAAAACGGCUUGAGCAACAACUAAAUGAUGAAAAGAUUCCUGAAAUCACAGCAUAUAAGCAUAAAAUCGAUCGAUUACAAAAUGUGAAACUGCAAAAAAUUGAAGAGCUCAGAGUAAAAAAUCCAAAUUUGGUUAGAGCUAUGAGUUGGGUAUCCCAGAAUAAAGAAAGAUAUAAAUUAAACGUUUAUGAUCCCAUGAUACUCGAGCUUACAAUGCAAAACACUGAUGACGCCAAAUACCUAGAAAACGUUGUUAAACAGCGGGACUUAUUCGCUUUUGCGUGUGAGGAUAAGGACGAUAUGUCCGAUUUGAUCAACGAACUGUGCGUCAAGCAGAAGUUGGGAGUAAAUAUUAUUUAUUGUCCGCCGGCCGAUAGGUGCUUGUAUACUCCAAGUAUUCCCAAGAGUGAGCUGCGACCUAUGGGUUUUCAUGCGUAUCUCGUCGACCUUGUGACCGGGCCGAUACCAUUAAUAAACAAGUUGUGCGCUUCGUAUUCAAUACAUAAUAUCCCGAUCGGUACAGAUGCUGUUGGUAAUCACACCUCAUCUAUUCCAAAAGUUAUUCGAGUUUAUUUUGGCGGUAACAAGAGGUUUGUAGUGACUGCUUCGCGCUAUCGCGCCGAUUCAAUAUUAACGGAAAGCAUUAUCCGUGGAAAAAAUCAACUGAUCGCUGUGGACUCACAGCAACUGGCACAGGUGCAGAAGCAGUAUUCUGUCGCAAUGCGAGAAAGUAAUAACAUUAGGAACGCCAUAAACACGACAGAUAACGAGUUCGCUCGUUUCCAAGCCCUGGCAAGGGACGAACAGGAAAAGGAGAAAAAACUCAAGCAGAAAAUUUCACAUUUUGAUAAUCUCAAAAGCGAAGUUGAAAAUCUACAGAGAAAGCUGGAUAGUCUGCAAACAACUGCUGCUUUGGAUGCACUCAAAACGAUUUUUUUUAAUGGUUUAAAAGUUGAUCGGAGUAAGAUAAUAGAAGCCGAGACAAAACUGAUCAAACGGGUAGAAGCAUUAAAGAUUCUAGACAUCGAAAAAAAACUUACCCAAACUAAGGCGUCCAUUUACAAUGCCCAACAUGAAAGUGAAAGCGACGCCUUGAAGGAGCUCGAGCUUCUGAGUAAAACGGCAACCAGAGACUUUGAGCAAUUGCUUCAAACCUUGGAGGUCCAAAUGAACGACAUCGGUAGACGAAAGAGUGAAAUCCAGCGGCUGUGCAAUGGAGAACUUCCAUCCAGCUCAAGAUUCCCAUUUAAGAAGGAAUUUAAAGGCAUAGAGAGCAUGGAUUUGCAACAAAUGCGUGAAGCUAUACACGACUUUCAGGCCAGAUUGGAGUGCAUGAAAAGCAUAAACUCAGAGACCCUCGGUAGUUAUCAGGAACUGCAGAAUGAAGUUAAAAUGAUGGAAGACAACAUUCAAAGGUCUGUGGAUGAAGCAAAAACAAUCGAAUCGGAAAUGUCCCAGUUGUAUAACCGAUGGGAACCCAAAUUAACCAGUUUGGUGGAAACGAUAAGUACAAAGUUCAGCGAAUUCAUGGAAUCAAUCGAGUACGUCGGAGAAGUUGUCCUUUCUAAGUCCGAUAAAUAUGACUUUGAUUCAUACGGUAUCCAGAUAAUGGUCCAGUUUAGAAGAGGUGCUCAACUACAGCCCUUGGACAAGUUUAUUCAAUCGGGCGGCGAACGAGCAGUAUCAAUUGCAACCUACUCGCUAUCGUUGCAGCAUGUAACUCAAGUGCCAUUCAGAUGCGUUGAUGAAAUAAACCAGGGUAUGGACGCUAAAAAUGAAAGAAACAUAUUCGAUCUGCUUCUGAAAGAAGCCACCAAACAUGGCUCGGCCCAGUAUUUGUUCGUGACUCCGAAGCUGCUCCGAGACCUCAAUUACAACGAACAUUUGUGUGUUUCAGUUGUUCACAAUUCAAAAACAGUUUCCGUUGGCACAAAAUUUCCGAAGAUCUAAUGUGUUUUUGCUUAGCAAUGUAAUAUUAUUUCAUUAAUGUAUUGGAAUACUUUUAACAGAUCAUAAUAAAAUCAUGUUUUCCCUUA